AUGAUAGCUUUGAUUCCUAAAGUUAACAAUCCUAUUGCUCUUGAUGAGUUUAGGCCUAUUUUCUUAGUGGGAAGUGUGUACAAGAUUUUUGCUAAGCUUCUAGCGGGUAGGUUGAAAUUAGUCUUUCACAAGCUUAUUUCUAAGUGUCAAACUGCUUUUGCUGCGAAUAGGCAAUUGCUGGAUGGUGUUCUGGUCUCGAAUGAGGUUGUGGUUUUUGCCAAAAGGGUGAAAAGGAAGUGCAUGUUAGUGAAAGUGGACUUUGAAAAAGCUUAUGAUUGUGUCUCUUGGGACUUCCUUAGGAGUAUGUUAAAGAGGAUGGAUUUUGGUGAUCAGUGGUGUGGGUGGAUGGAAACGUUGGGGUUCAAUAGUUCCAUGUCUGUUUUUGUGAAUGGUAGUCCUACAACAGAUUUCAAUGUUGCUAGAGGUUUAUGUCAAGGAGAUCCUAUUUCUCCCUUUCUUUUUCUCUUGGUGGCUGAGGUUUUCUCUGGUUUAAUGCACCAGGCAGUGUCUUUAGGGGAGUUUAAGCCUUUUCGAUUCAAUGAUUCUACUCAGGUUGAUUUGUUACAAUUUGCUGAUAACACUAUUUUGAUUGGAGAAGGCUUUUGGAAGAACUUAUGGUCCAUUAAGGCUUUGCUUAGGGGCUUUGAGUUGGUGUCAGAUCUCCGGGAGAAUUUAUCCAAAAGCAAACUUUAUGGUAUUAAUCUUGAUGUUGAUUUCUUGCAGGCAAUAACUUUUUUCCUGUCUUGCAGUUUUGGUACGAUUCCUUUCGUCUUUUUGGACAUACCCAUUGCUAUUAAUUCUCAGAGACAAAAUUCUUGGGCACCUAUUGUUUCCAAAAUCAGAAGAAAGUUGGUGGUGUGGCAUAACAAAUUUUUGUCUAUUGAUGGUAGCAUGUUUCUAUUGAAUUCGGUUUUAUCCAACAUCCCCAUUUGCUUCUUUUCUUUUUAUAAGGCUCCUAAGGUGGUUCUUAAAGAGAUUACAAGCUCCAAAGAACUUUCCCUUGGGGUGGUUGUGAAGAUUCUAAAAAUGUAUGGUAAUGCAAAGUGGGAGGUUCUAAGUGGUUCUUGUGGGAAUAAGAAGGCAUCUUUAUGGUGGAGGGAUGUGUGCUUAAUUGGGGAACCCUUGAUUAAUGACCCUCAUUCUAAUUGGUUUUAUUCCUCUAUUUUUUGUAAGCUUGGAGACGAGAGGUCUUUAGACUUUUGGAGACAUUGUUCGCUUGGAUCCUCAUCUUUCGAGGUGUUAUUCCCCUAUUUCUAUCGGAAAAGUGGCUUGGGUUAUAUCAAAGUUAUUGAAGUGGGAGGCUGGUUUAAUGAGAUUUGGAAGUGGGAUCUUGGUUUUAAUGGGGGUGAUUUUGAAUGUUGA